AUGUCUAUCAAUUAUGGAAUAAUUUUUCGUCAUAUUCUUGUCAUUUUACCCAUCUCAGCGAUGUUAACAUUUAUUUUAACAUUGGUUAUUUGCAAUUCAAAGCUCGGUAAAAACUUCGGAAGACGUUUACCAAAUAUUAGUGAACUAGGCCUUGGCGCCGCACAUCCAUUUUUUGCUGCCGGUUUUACAGUGUUAGCACCACAGUUUAUUGCAAUUCUGAUAGGGCGUCAUUUAUUUUUAAUGCACUGUAAUAUAAUAAGCAAUGAUGGGAGUAAAAGAAGAGUUAAAAUUUAUUUGAUUAUUCAAUUGGUUGUUGGCGUAUUAACGACCCCAUUCAUGUUACUAAUGGGUUGGGCAUACGGUGUCGCUGGAAGAAUUCCACAUUUAGUCGGUGCAUCUGGUUUAUUUGGAUUAAUAAUUACUUACGCUUGGUUACACAGCCUGUUGAGUUGGUAUUUGUACCUGAAAGCUCGUCGUACUUUUGCAUCAUUCGAACAAGACAAGUCCGAUAUUCCAUACUUGAUAUCACCCAUAUUUUAUACUAUAUGCUCGAUAUUAUCGUUAGUGAAUGUUGCGAUAUGGUCGAAAACGGGCAAUAGUAUAGCUCAGUAUAUAGCUGCUGGAACUCCGUUUUUAUACUUGCUACCGUGGAUGUACGGAUUUUGUUCAACAAGAUACGGCUACCGAGCCUGA